AAAAAACUCAAGGUAUCAGCACUAUCAUAUCAGAGGGGUGAUAAAGAAGGACACGUAUAAAAGAAUAAUGUGAUUUAUGCGAGUCACGUAUGCUAUUAUUUUUCUCUUUUUAAGCCUGUGAGAGAGGGGAUUGCACAGAGGAGCUCUUCCUUUCACCCACUCCCACUCUCUCAAUAACAGCAACCUGCUCUCCCACCUGUCUCUUGCUGUACACUGGGAUUCCCACAUCUUUCUAACCAGAUCUAAAAAGCCCUGGAAGCAUGCCGUGCGGCGUCGUGAAGUCCUUUCUGGGGAGCCUGUCUCGGAGGAAGCCCCUGGAGCCCGAGGGGGAGCAGUCCACAUUUAACCGAUGCCUGACCACCCUGGACCUAGUGGCCCUCGGUGUGGGCAGCACCCUGGGAGCCGGGGUCUACGUCCUGUCCGGAGAGGUGGCCAGAGACACUGCUGGACCCAGCAUCAUCAUCUCGUUCUUCAUCGCCGCUCUGGCCUCUAUAUUCGCCGGGCUGUGCUACGCAGAGUUUGGGUCCCGGGUUCCCAAAACAGGCUCAGCGUACCUUUACAGCUAUGUUACAGUGGGAGAACUGCUGGCUUUUAUCACUGGGUGGAAUCUGUUACUAUCCUACGUCAUAGGGACAUCAAGCGUUGCACUGGCAUGGAGUGGCACAUUUGAUGACCUCAUAGGGGGGGUCAUAUCAAAAUACUUAGAAGAGAAUGCAGCCAUAGGCCUUCCUGGCCUGGCACCUUACCCAGAUGUCUUUGCUGCAGUACUCAUCCUGCUACUCUCAGGUGUGCUGGCCUUUGGAGUGAAAGAGUCGACGACCAUCAACAAGAUCUUCACAGCAAUCAACAUCCUGGUGCUGCUGUUCGUGACCAUCUCUGGAUUCAUCAAGGGAGACCUCUCCAACUGGCAAAUCAGCGAAGAGGCUCUGAUAAACGCCACAGCAGAACUCAAGAACCUGAGCUCCACUGCCAAUCUGACAAGUGUGUAUGGAGUAGGCGGGUUUUUCCCUUAUGGCAUUUCUGGAACCUUGGCUGGAGCCGCAACGUGUUUCUAUGCCUUUGUCGGAUUUGACUGCAUCGCCACAACAGGUGAGGAGGUGAAGAACCCUCAGAAGUCCGUCCCUGUGGGCAUCGUGGCCUCACUGCUCAUCUGUUUCCUGGCCUACUUUGCUGUGUCUGCUGCGCUCACCCUGAUGAUGCCCUACUACAUGCUCAGUGAGAAAAGCCCACUACCAGUGGCAUUUGAGUACGUCGGCUGGGGUCCUGCCAAGUACGCCGUGGCCGUGGGAUCGCUUUGUGCCCUGUCCACCAGCCUGCUGGGUUCCAUGUUCCCGAUGCCCAGGGUGCUGUUUGCCAUGGCGAGAGAUGGCUUGCUCUUCCAUCCCCUGGCCAAAGUCACUGCCAAAGGCAGUCCGGCUAUAGCUACAAUAUCGUCCGGAAUUGUGGCAGCCAUCAUGGCUCUGCUGUUCGAUUUGGAAGCCCUGGUGGAAAUGAUGUCCAUCGGCACUCUGUUUGCUUACACUCUCGUGGCCAUAUGCAUUCUAAUACUGAGGUACCAGCCCAGCCCUUCGGAAGAAUCAGACCUGCAGAUCAUAGAAUCGAACACCAGAUUCGGCUUCCUGAAGCCACCACCAUCGCCCAACUCAUCGACGUCCCGAACAGUCACAAUCAUGACCGUCAUCGCCGUUGCAUGUGUGGCCGCACUGUGCAUCAUCCUCACUCAAGCCAUAGAUGCCGUGUUCCGUGCGGAACCGUGGAGCCUGGUGCUUAUUUGCGCCCUCGCGGCCAGCGUGGUGAUCAUCACUUUCCUCAUCUGGAGGCACCCACAAAAUCCCACCAAGGCAACUUUUAUGGUGCCACUGCUCCCUGCUCUGCCUGUAGUGAGUACACUCAUCAACGUCUACCUGAUGGUGCAGCUGGGCGGAGACACUUGGUUAAGAUAUGGUCUCUGGAUGUUAGUGGGGUUACUCAUCUAUUUUGGCUACGGGAUCCGCAACAGUGUUCAGAAGAAGCGCCUCAUGGGCAGGCGGACGGAGGUCGACACUGUCAGCGGUAAAGAAGUCAAUUCCAUCAAAACGGACGUCAUUAAAGAAGAGAAAUUCUGAGCUUGUUCGGGCCUGAGAGAGUCCGACUCAGAUGUUACAGCGAGUAUCUGCUUUAAGUGUGUGACCAUGUGCUGGUGCUGAUCUGUCGCUGCAGCGUCUCAGUCUGAGAGUGUCAGGGCGACAGGUGAACAGUGUUGUCCACACAACACAAGACAUUCUUCACAUCCAUUCACAAGACAAGUCUUUACUGUCGACGGAGUUUGUAAUUUAUCAAAAAUGUUGCUGUUGCCAUCAAUGAAACGCCGCCUGACAUAGGUUUGGACCUUCAAGAUAUUCAAGGUGUUAAAAAAUAGGGAAUGUGGACAUUUCAUAAAACCACGUGUGUAUGAUUCAUCACAGAUCUAAGAGCUCACAUUUAAAUUAUUAUUAUUUUUUUUACUACACUCAGUGUCAGAGCAAUGUCUGCGGGCCUCAACAUUCUCAAUCCAUUUUAAAAAAAGAAGGAAAAAAGAAUUUCUUUACGCCAAAAUAACACGUUUACACUUUUGAUGUGAAUUGUACAUUUUAAAAAGAAUAUGUAAAUUUCAUACAAUUGUAAUAAUGAUUAUAAAUAACAGAAUAGUUGUUGUUUCUAUGUAUAAAUUGAUGGUGUUGGACUGUAGACCAUUUCGUGAAAUGUGUUUUUUUUGUUUGAAUAUUCACUUUAUUAAUUGUGCAUUGUGUAAGUGUAAAUGUGAAAACUGAACAUGUUUGCUAAUGAUUUGUUGUAAAUGUUUUCCUUCAUUUAAAAGUCCUGUUCCACUUGUAAUCUUGGAUAAAGUGCCAUGCAGAGACGGCUCACUACCCAGAGUUCACUGAGAACAGAAUGACCUUUCAGCGCAGCUUACCUGGGUCACGUUCAAAACUGAGGCUUAGCCACUGACUCAAAAGGAAAGGUCCACAUUGUUCUCACUGGCUGCUGCAUCUUACACUCAAACAUCCACAACUCUUAUUUCUUCCCCUGUGUAGAAACAUGUAAUUCAGUGGGGGGUGAUUAGGACAUGAUGAUGUGCCAUUGGAUGUGUGUGUUAUUUAUUGUCAAGUCAUACUCUUUUAGCCUGAAGGCUUUGCAAUGUGUACAGUAGAUGAUUAUGUUUUAGAAAGAAGUUGGUUUAAUCUGCUGACUUCUUCACCAUCCAGCUCUGUGAAAUCCACCUGUAGGCUAUUUAAUGUAUCAAACACCAUAACAUUUGAGAAAAUAAAGUGUUUUUUUGUUGUA